AUGAGUUUUGAACAUACGAGAGACAAGUUUAGAGAUAUGGCACGAAACACCCAAGGCCUGUUGCAGGCAGCAGGUUCGACGACUAGGUUGAUCAGAUCGAGGAAAACUCGACCUAUUGAAACUACUGGAAUGGCGACUGAGGCUCAAGUUACCACCGAUGCUGAUGUCUGGGGCCGUACCGGUCCUGGGCGCUCAUGGCUUCGAUCUCUUAUCGCCACAUCGCCAUUAUUUCUGGCACCAAUGGCAUCGAUAUCGACGUUCAUUACACUUGCCCAAUAUGACGGCUCCUUCUCGCUCUUUGCAGCUGCCGUGAAAGAGCAUGGAUUCUGGACCAUCUGCACUCAAUAUGGCCCUCAAGCCACCAUGAAGGGCAUUGCUGCUGUCAUCUUCUGGGUCGGCCUUCAAGCGAUACUUUAUCAUUACUUGCCUGGCGAGAACCACCAAGGCCAACACACUCCAGCUGGAUAUCUCCUCAGUUACAAAAUCAACGGUCUCUCGGCUUGGAUCGUCACUCAUCUUCUCUACGCAACACUCGUUUGGCUAGGGAUCCUGGACCCAGGCUUCAUUCCGCGCAACUGGAGUAGCUUGAUUGCAGCGAUGAACUUGGCCGGUUUUAUUAUCUCUGCACUCACUUAUGUCAAAGCUUACGUAGCACCAACUCAUCCGGAGGACAGGAAAUUCAGUGGAUCCCAUUUAUAUGACUUUUAUAUGGGAAUCGAACUGAAUCCUCGCUUGGGUGGCAGUUUUGAUAUGAAGCUCUUCAGUAACGGUCGAGCUGGCAUGAUGGUCUGGACUUUGAUAGACUUCUCAAAUAUGGCUUUCCAGUACCAAAACCAGGGGUAUGUUGAACCAUCAUUAAUACUCGUUACCGCGCUGCAAACCCUCUACGUGGUCGACUUCUUCAUCAAUGAGUCAUGGUAUCUACGCACAAUUGACGUAAAGAUGGACCAUUAUGGCUUCUACCUGUCGUGGGGAUGCUUCUGCUUUUUGCCUACAACCUACACUAUACAGGGGCAAUACCUAGGUCUAUACCCCUCAUCACCCUCGACACCAUACCUUGCCUUCUUCUUCGCCCUAGGUAUAGCCGGCUACGUACUCUUUCGCUCCGUUAACCACCAAAAAGACACGGUCCGGUCGUCUGGCGGGAAGUGCCACAUUUGGGGGAAGCCGGCAGAGUGCAUAGUGGCAUCCUUCAAAACUUCCGACGGCAAAGAACACACCAGUCUCCUCCUCUGCAGUGGUUGGUGGGGAUGGUCACGUCACGCAAACUACGUGGGGGACUUGGUUUUAUCCUUCAGUACUUGUGCGCUGGUCGGCAGCACAAAAGCUGUUGUGUGGACGUAUGCCGUGUGGAUGACUAUGCUGCUUAUUCAUCGAUGUAUACGCGACGAGAAGAGUUGUUCGGUCAAGUACGGUAAUGCAUGGGCCGAGUACUGCAGGCGUGUGCCUUGGCGGUUCAUCCCUGGUAUCUGGUGA